GUGCCACCGUUCUUCGCUUUCUCGGUCCUGACGUGUCUUGUCGCUGUCACUAAAACCCUGUCCACAGCCCUGAUACUAUUUCUGCCUUUCCAGUCACUGCUGACUCCGUCUUGCUCCUCUAUGAUAAGUUCUUUCUUCUGUUUUUCUCCCCUUUUGACUAUAAUCAUGCCUUGCACAACUCUUGUCGCAGUGCACUCUCAUACUAGUGCACCCUCACAUGCCGCUACCUUGCAUUAUAUAAUGUUCCUUCACCUUCAUUCUGUCGCUACGCAUUCAAUUUUGUAGCAACCUUGCUGUUAUUUUUGAUGAGUUGCUAUCUGGAAAUGCGACCUCGCUAUCUAUAAUCAGGCCUUCGUAGAAGCUAUGAAAGAGCCUUGCCCAUGCAGUUCUGUUGCUU